AUGAAAGCUGUGUUCGGUGUGAUCGAGAAAUUCAUAGAAGACAGAAAAGAAUGGUUCACACCAAAUGAGAGACUGAAAAAACCGAAAAACGAAAAACCAAUUGUUCGGCUGUUUGAUGGGGUGGGGGAGAAGUUUGUGCUGGGAAAGGAGUUGCUAAGAGAAUCGGAGAGAGUUGGGAUGGAUCUGUUGGAAUUUAAGGAGGAGCUCAUGCAGCUGCCAGAGUUAGGUAUCGUUGGAUUCGAAGAGCUACAUGAAGAAAUUGGAGGUAUCAUGAAGGACAUCGAGAAAGGAUCGAUUCUCCUGGACAUGGAUUAUAUCGAGCCAAUUGCUAAAAAUGUGACCAAUCUUUUGAAAAAGUAUAAGAAAACGGGACCGUCAAGAAAGCCAAGGAUGAAGACGACUUCGAGUAAGGUGACACCAAAGAUUAUGGAAGAGCACAUCGUUGCUGCAGGACUUCACAAGGCGUUUCCUGAUAUUCUGGGACGUGUCAGCUGCUUUGAAAAUUUAAAUGAGAUGAGCAAUGGGAACGUUUUCAAUGUUUUAUUGUUGUUGGAGCAUAUUCAAUUCGUCGAGGUCAUUCUCAACACAAAACGGAUUCCAAAGUUUCUUCAUCAACACGAAAUCUGUACUCAACAUUGGACGUUGUGUCCGUAUUGCACUGGUAUCGAUCUGGAGAGUUCGGAUAGUGAGACGGAGUCUAGUGAAGCUGAGAAUCAAGACGGCGAAAUCCAGCAGAUGAGAAAGAAAAUUUCAAAUCAGCAACAGAAGAUUUUGAGAUUGGAGAUUACCAUUCUGAAGCAAAAACGAACGAUUCAAAAAUUGCAGAGAAGAGUUGGAAAGUGA